CAGACAAGCACAUUGGUUGACCAUAACAACACAGCUGGGUGGCCCUUGAAAGAUUCUCCAAAUGCUAAUCUGAAUCAACCAAACCGUUUUCUUUCGCAAUCUCAAAGUCAAAUCUUCUUCUGAACAAAGCAAUGAUAUAGAUAUCAUUGAUGCGGCGUUAGUGGUAGCUACUUGUUCUUGUUGGCGAUUUGUGAAAGUGGAAAAAGAAAAGAGUGAGUGAAUAUUGACUCAUAAAAAUGGCGUUGGGAAGAAAAGGGUGUGAGGAAGUGGCGAAUUGGAAGCCUCUGUUCCUCACGAUUUACACUGUUGUCAUCAUUGGCAUCGUCGUUUCCUCAUUCUACGUCUUCUCUGCCAUAUACUCAUCUAAGCCUCCCUCUGUUCAAUCUUCUGCCUGGCUCUCUUCCCUUUCGAAUGAGGAUUCUCGUGUUAGGGAUCAAACGCUUAAUGUUUCUGGGUCAGCAAUGGUGAAUAGAGUGCCAGCUCCUACCCCAGGGCUGCAAAAUGAAUGGCCAAAGUCUAUAUGGGAUGCUCCACCAUCCAAUAAAAGGAUGCCAACUUUGAAGGAUUUUCGACUUACGAAAGCUUUGGUUGAGAAAAGGGUGAAAGAUAAUGUUGUGAUAGUUACCUUUGGUAACUAUGCAUUCAGGGAUUUUAUUCUGACAUGGACUAAAGGAUUGACAGAUCUGGGGCUUUCUAAUUUCCUUGUUGGUGCAUUGGAUACCAAGUUAUUGGAGGCGCUGUAUUGGAAAGGGGUGCCGGUUUUUGACAUGGGCAGCCAUUUUAGCUCUGUAGAUGUUGGUUGGGGGUCUCCAACAUUUCAUAAAAUGGGAAGAGAAAAAGUUGUUCUGAUAGACUCAAUACUGCCUUUCGGUUUCGAGCUGUUGAUGUGUGAUACUGACAUGGUUUGGUUAAAGAACCCACUUCCAUAUCUUGCUCGUUAUCCAGAAGCAGAUAUUUUAACUUCAAGCGAUCAAGUUAUACCAACUGUUGUUGAUGAUAGUUUGGAAAUUUGGCAAGAAGUUAGCGGCGCCUACAACAUAGGAAUUUUCCAUUGGAGACCUACUGAGUCUGCACUAAAAUUGGCAAAGCAAUGGAAAGAAAUGCUUUUAGCUGAUGACAAGAUAUGGGAUCAGAAUGGGUUUAAUGAUAUGAUUCACAGACAGUUGGGACCAUCUGUUGACGAUGACAGUGGACUUGUUUAUGCUUUUGAUGGAAAUUUGAAGAUGGGAAUUUUGCCUGCAAGUAUCUUCUGUAGUGGACAUACAUACUUUGUGCAGGCUAUGUACCAGCAACUAAGGUUGGAGCCAUAUGCAGUGCACACAACAUUCCAAUAUGGAGGCACUGAAGGAAAGCGCCACAGACUGCGAGAAGCCAUGCUCUUCCAUGAUCCACCAGAAUACUAUAAUCCUCCUGGUGGUUUCUUGUCAUUUAAGCCAUAUAUUCCAAAAAGCUUGUUGCUAAGUGGUGAGCAUAAUGUUGAAUCGCAUUUUGCUCUUGUUAAUUAUCAAAUUAAACAGAUUAGGACAGCACUUGCUAUUGCAUCCCUUUUGAACAGAACCCUGGUCAUGCCUCCACUAUGGUGCAGGAUUGAUAGGUUAUGGUAUCCCCAUCCUGGUAUAUUGGAGGGGUCUAUGACUAGACAACCUUUUCGCUGUCCUUUGGACCAUGUAUUUGAGAUUAAUGUCAUGUUGGAAAAACUCCCAGAAGAAGAGUUUGGCCCUGAAAUAGAUAUUAGAGAGUACUCAAUACUUGAUAAUCCCUCUCUGCCGUCAGAGGUGACACGAUCGUGGCUUGAUGUUCAGCUUUGUAAAGAUUGUGAUGCAUCAAAUGAUACCAUGGUUGGGAGAGUACUUAAAUUCCCAAAGCAUAGCAGUGAAGAAACGUUUACAAAAGUAUUCUCAUCAUUCAAGGAUGUAAAAGUCAUCAAGUUCUCUUCAGUGCAAGAUGCUUUCACAGGUUUCACUAACAAGGAAAAGCAAGAUAAAUUCAGAAAUCGCGUUAAGCGGUAUGUGGGCACAUGGUGCUGCGUGCCGGAUCACACUCCUGGGCACAUAUAUUAUGACAUGUACUGGGAUGAGAAACCAGGAUGGAAAGCAAUUCCUCCUCAAACUUCUAAGGAUGAUCAUCCACCUUGGUGAGACCAACUUAGAUUUAUAUUUGUUAUAACUCUACAAUGGAUGAGGGAAUAAGAGACAUGAAUCCAAAUGUGAUUUAGCUUUCAAGUGAUUGUCAAGACCGAGAUUGUAUACUUAAAGUGAUGAAUCUGUGUCCAUAUUGAGGAUGUAAGACAUUUAUAGGGAUUAGACAAUUGGUUCUUGUGUAACAAUUAAGAAAUUUUUUGUUUUGUAAAAUGUUACUAGUAUUGAAACCAAGGGAAAUUGAAAUCCACCAUUUCUUAGAAGA